GUGUCACUAACUAUAUAAACCCUUUUCAACGUUCUUCUCUUUCCUUUCUUGCCCCAACUUUGUCGUUCGUUCCUUCUCCACUUUCAUCUGUAUCUAUCCAGAUACCUUUUCACCUAUACAUACACAUGUAUCUUCUUCUUCUAUAGCCCCAAGCAACGAUGGAAUCUCCACCGCAACAGGCAGUGAUGGAAAUGGAAACAGACCUGCUUUCUCGUCUCACAGCAAACCAUUUGUUCUUGGGUCAAAUCGAACCGUUUCGAGCUACCAUUCUCGCUCUCCGAUCUCGAAACCCCGACCUAGCUCGCGCUAUCCUCCAAACAAUAGUGGCGAGUGGUGGCCGUUAUGAGACUAUCCUUUUCAGCUCUAACUCUUCCCCUGCUCUUCUCACUUAUUUAUGUACCCUUGAACUCCUCCAAUUUAAUGAUCCUACAUCGCGAGUUUGGAGUUUUGACUCGGCUACUUUGCGUUUGCGCGCUGAAUUUUUGCUUUAUGUUCAGACUAUUACGUCUAGGGUUUUGGAAACUAAGAAAGUGAUCGAUAAUUUAGGUCAAAAUGAAAUGGAUAUUGCCAAUCUCGAUUCAAUUAAGAGAGAUGGAACGGGUACUAGUGAGAGGCUUGAGGAGUCGAGAUGGGGCGCCAGUGGAACGAGUAUUAGAGAUAUUGAUUCAAAACAGCAGUUCAGUGGGUCAAAAGGGGAUACCAGCGAAAUGGAUAUUAAUGAUUUUGAUUCAAGAACUGGGCACUUAGCUGACCAGGAUGUUGCCAGUGCUAAACAUUGGGAUUUUCAGGAGUGCUUGAGAGUAUUGAACAAAAUCUCGGAGGUGGGGUUCAAGAGGUUGAGGCCAGAUUUGAUUGAACUGGACGUCAAAGAGAGUGAAGAAGAGGGGACCUCUGGUGCUACUCUAGAGAUUGAAGAAGGUGAAAUGGUGUGUUUGAGGGGAGUAAUUUUGGAAAAUGCUGUUAUUUUUCAGGCACUGUGUGAGAACAUAUCAAAGCAGGUAAAGUGGGUACAAGGGAAUGAUGGUGGUGAUGAUUCAGGUUUGGCUAUUUCACCAACACUUCAAGAAGAGGAUGUUAAGUCUCUUGAAUUGAUACAAAGCUAUGCUCAGAUGGUGCAUUUGAGUGCCAUGAAGGAAUGCUUGAAGGAAGGUAACAAUGAUGGAGCCAUGUCACAUAUUCAAUUUCUUCACUUUGAUUAUGGUGUGGAGGAAGCUGAUUACCGCAUGGUUUUGCAAGAUCUCCUAAAGAGGGGUUUAUCAGGAAUGACGGCCUAUGAUGACACCUGGCUUUCCAUGCGAAGUAAAUUGCUGUCAAUAUAUGAGAAAGCACUCUCAUCAAAAUCGAUACGUCUUGUAAACAUGAUACAGUCCAUCCAGGAAGAAUUGUUAUCAGAAGAGAUAGAGACACAUAAAGUUUUGAAUGGCAACCAGAUUCCACCCCCUCUUGCACGACUUUUAAGUUUUAUUGCACAGAUGACACCUGAUCCAUCGGGUGACCAAACAUCAUCCUUUAAGUCGGCUAUAUCUGCAUGCAUGAGAGACAUGUAUCAUUAUGCCCGUAUUUCUGGGUUGCAUGUACUUGAAUGUGUCAUGGAUGUUGCUCUUUCUGCUGUCAAAAGGGAACAACUUCAAGAAGCUAGCAAUAUUCUUUCAUUAUACCCCCAACUUCAACCACUUGUGGCUGUUAUGGGUUGGGAUCUUUUGCCUGGGAAAACAGAUAUGAGAAGGAAAUUGAUGCAGCUUUUGUGGACUAGUAAAUCACAAAUUCUAAGGCUGGAAGAAUCUUCUCUUUAUGGUAAUAAAUCAGAUGAGGUGUCUUGUGUUGAACAUCUUUGUGACUUCCUAUGUUACCAGCUUGAUCUGGCUUCUUUUGUUGCAUGUGUCAAUUCUGGACAAUCAUGGAGUUUGAAAUCAUCAUUACUCUUGUCUGGAAAAGGGAAUACCACCGAGUUUGAAAACCAAGAAUUGCAGUUGGAUCCAUUUGUUGAAAAUCUUGUUCUUGAAAGAUUAUCGAUCCAUAGCCCACUUCGAGUUUUGUUUGAUGUAGUUCCAGACAUAAGAUUUCAAGAUGCUAUUGAGUUAUUUAGCAUGCAACCAAUCACCUCUAAUUUAGCAGCCUGGAAAAGGAUGAAAGAUGUUGAACUUAUGCACAUGCGCUAUGCCAUGGAGUCUGCUGUUCUUGCCUUAAGGGCUAUGGGGAAUAGUAAGAAUAAUGAAGUAAAAAGCUACCAAAUGGCAUUAUGUUACUUAAAAGACCUCAGGAUUCAUUUGGAAGCUGUCACCAACAUUCCACGCAAGAUAAUGAUGGUGAACAUUAUUAUUUCACUUUUACAUCUGGAUGAUCUUUCUCGCGACUCAUCACCCUCUCCGCCACCUAGGACGCACCCCGACACAUCAUCCACUAGUGAGGAAAGUGGCGAUCAAUGCACCAAUGAAGAAGGGAAUACAAUGGUGGUAUCCUUCACAGGUGGACUCCUUAAUAUACUGAGACAAAAUCUACCUUCAGGUGUUACUGAACAGGAGAUUGCAAUUGACGGAAAUGUCCCUACUGAUGGGAGACAAGCUUUAGAGUGGAGAAUCUCAAAAGCAAGAUCUUUUAUUGAAGAUUGGGAAUGGCGUUUAUCAAUCUUGCAAAGUCUUCUGCCCUUGUCUGAUCGUCAAUGGAAAUGGGAAGAGGCAUCCACUGUCUUACGUGCAGCCCCAUCUAAGUUGCUUAAUCUUUGCAUGCAGAGGGCAAAGUAUGACAUAGGAGAAGAGGCUGUAAACCGUUUUUCCCUAACUCCAGAAGAUAAAGCAACUCUUGAACUGGCUGAAUGGGUGGAUGGAGCCUUUAAGAGAGCAUCUGCUGCAGAUGCUGUUUCUCGUGCUGCUGAUGAAACUUCUGUCGUCCAAGACUUGGAUUUUUCCACUCUUCGCUCUCAAUUGGGUCCUUUAGUUGCGACUCUUCUAUGUAUCGAUGUAGCUACAGCAUCUUCAAAGUCCUCAGCUUUGUCUCAGAAGCUUCUAGAUCAGGCUCAAGUCAUGUUGUCAGAGAUCUAUCCUGGACGUGCUCCUAAAAUGGGAGCUACUUAUUGGGACCAAAUUUAUGAAAUUGGAAUAAUUUCAGUUGUGAAGCGUCUUCUCAAACGUCUACAAGAGUUGUUGGAACAGGAGAAGUUUCCGGUACUUCAGGCUCUUUUAACAGGAGACCUAAUAAGUACCAAGAAUUUCCAAAGGCAAGGACCUAGGGAGCGUGCUCUAGCUAUGCUUCAUCAAAUGAUUCAAGAUGCUCACAUGGGGAAACGCCAGUUUCUUAGUGGUAAACUUCAUAAUCUUGCAAGAGCGAUUGCUGAUGAAGAAUAUGAAAGAGAAUUUAUGAGAGCAGAGAGCACGUAUCCUGAUGAAAAAGAUGGAGUUGUAGGGCUUGGAUUGAGACCCAUGAGACAACAAUCAUCAGUUGAAAAGUCAACUGCUUCUAAAGAGGCUGAAAAGAGAAUAUAUGGCCCGUUGACUUCAAAAGCUACAACAUACCUUUCCCAAUUUAUCCUCCAUAUUGCAGCUAUUGGAGACAUAGUUGAUGGGACAGAUACUACACAUGACUUCAACUAUUUCUCUCUGAUAUACGAAUGGCCUAAAGAUCUUUUGACUCGUUUGGUGUUUGACCGAGGUAGCACUGAUGCAGCUGCAAAAGUAGCUGAAAUUAUGUCUGCUGAUUUUGUACAUGAAGUGAUUUCUGCAUGUGUACCUCCAAUAUAUCCACCAAGAUCUGGUCAUGGUUGGGCAGACAUAGCAGUCAUCCCUACAUGUCCUAAAAGUAGUUCAGAGGGUAAACUUUUAUCCCCAUCUUCAAAAGAAGCCAAGCCGAGUUCUUAUUGUCCGUCCUCAGCCACACCUGGAGUUCCCCUGUACCCUCUUCAGCUAGAUGUUGUAAAGCAUCUUGUGAAGCUGUCACCAGUCAGGGCUGUUUUAGCAUGUGUUUUUGGGAAUUGUAUUUUAUAUGGUGGCAACGACUACUCAUCAACCAUGUCAGGCUCAUUGACUGAUGGGCCAGGGUCAGUCCAGAAGCAUGAUGCUGAUAGAUUGUUCUUUGAGUUUGCACUUGAUCAAUCCGAGAGGUUUCCGACCUUGAAUCGGUGGAUACAAAUGCAAACUAAUCUUCACCGAGUUUCAGAGGUAGCUGUAACUGCUGAGCAUUCGGUUAAUGAUGGAAUUGAGGUGAAAACUUCUGUGAAGAGGUUUCGGGAGCAUGAUAGUGAUUCUGAUUUAGAACAUGAUGAGCUGGCGGCGGUUGGCACCAGCAGCCUUUCUGUUCUUACAGACACUACAAAUGAAAGUGGUAUAUGGCAAGAUUCACCCAAGUCAGAAGCUGCUGAAAUUGAUACAACAGUUUUUCUCUCUUUUGGAUGGGAGAAUGAAAAACCGUAUGAAAAAGCUGUUGAAAGAUUGAUAGAGGAAGGAAAACUAAUGGAUGCUCUUGCUCUUUCUGAUCGAUGCUUACGUGAUGGUGCUUCAGAUCAUUUACUGAAGUUACUCAUUGAGCGUGAAGAGGAAAAUCAUACAGUAUUCAAUGCUUCAAGUCACUCAAACUUUAGAAUUCCAAGCAAUAGCUGGCAAUAUUGCAGACGACUAAAAGAUAAACAACUUGCAGCAAAACUUGCCCUCAAAUAUUUGCAUAGGUGGGAAUUAGAUGCUGCUUUAGAUGUUCUCACCAUGUGUCACUGUCACUUGCUGGAAACCGAUCCUUCCAAGAAUGAGGUUGUUCUCAGAAGACAAGCUUUGAUGCGGUACAGUCACAUAUUAUCUGCAGAUGAGCGUUACAACAGCUGGCAAGAGGUGGAGGCAGAGUGCAAGGAAGAUCCAGAAGGUCUUGCACUUAGAUUAGCCGAAAAGGGAGCUGUUUCAGCUGCUUUAGAAGUUGCUGAAAGUGCAGGGUUAUCAAUUGACCUUCGUAGAGAACUUCAGGGGCGCCAACUCGUGAAACUUCUUACAGCAGACCCCAUAACAGGUGGCGGCCCAGCAGAAGCUUCACGGUUUCUAUCUUCCCUUCGCGAUUCAGAAGACGCAUUAAGAGUUGCAAUGGGCGCAAUGCAACAGUUGCCAAAUCUUCGAUCCAAACAAUUACUCGUUCAUUUUUUCUUGAAAAGAAAAGACAGCAACUUGAACGAACCGGAGCUUUCCCGGCUUAAUCUAUGGGCGUUAGGCCUUCGCGUAUUGGCUAUUUUACCCUUGCCAUGGCAGCAAAGAUGCUCUGCAUUACACGAACAUCCCCAACUAAUUCUGGAAGUUUUACUAAUGCGCAAACAACUCCAUUCUGCUUCUUUGAUACUUAAAGAAUUCCCAUCAUUAAGGGACAACAAUAAAAUAUUUAGAUACGCUGCAAAAGCAAUUGCUGUGACUAUAGCCCCUCCACGUCGUGAGACUCGGAUACAGGUGUCAGGUCCUAAAGCAAAGCAGAAAGCAGGAGGAACUCCAACAAAAUCUUCUUUUUCUAAUAGCUUAAGUAACUUGCAAAAGGAGGCACGCAGGGCGUUUUCUUGGAACCCAAGGAACAGUGCUGAAAAAACAGCUCCUAAAGACGUACAAAGGAAAAGAAAAGGGUCUGGAUUGACACAGACUGAAAGAGCUACAUGGGAGGCUAUGGCUGGGAUUCAAGAAGAUCGUGUUUCGUCAUACACAAUGGACGGAGGGCAAGAUCGUCUUCCUUCCGUUUCCAUUGCUGAACAGUGGAUGCUCACGGGCGACCCGAAUAAAGACGAAGCUGUCCGGUCCUCGCAUCAUUACGAAAGUGCCCCUGACAUUAUUCUAUUCAAGGAGCUGCUUUCUCUGUGUUCAGACGAGAGUACAUCAGCCAAAGGUGCUUUGGAUUUGUGUGUUAAUCAAAUGAGAGCUGUUUUAAGCUCCGAAACGUUACCCGAAAACGCAUCAAUGGAAACCAUCGGUCGUGCUUAUCAUGCUACAGAGACAUUUCUUCAGGGGCUCCUUUACGCGAAAUCUCAACUUAGAAAACUUUCUGUGGGAAAUGACUUUUCUGUCCUUUCUAAAGACAUGGAGGACACGUCCUCUGAUGCAGGGAGUUCUAGCAUGGGCAGUCAGGCUCCAGAUGAGCUUUCUGAAACCCUAUCACAUUCCGACACCUGGCUUAGACGCGCAGAACUUUUGCAAAGCCUUUUGGGAUACGGAAUUGCUGCUUCACUUGAUGAUAUUGCUGAUGAGGAAUCUUCCGGAAGGUUGCGUGAUCGGUUGAUUCUAGAAGAACGAUAUAGCAUGGCUGUGUAUACUUGUAAGAAAUGCAAGAUUGAUGCGUUUGCUGUGUGGAAUGCAUGGGGACUUGCUCUAAUUAGAAUGGAACACUACGCUCAAGCUCGUGUCAAAUUCAAGCAAGCACUUCAACUGUACAAGGGUGACCCUGCUCCAGUUAUUCAAGAUAUCAUUAAUACAAUCGAAGGUGGCCCCCCAGCUGAUGUCUCAUCUGUUCGUUCCAUGUAUGACCAUUUGGCUAAAAGUGCACCUGCGAUCUUGGAUGAUUCUCUUUCUGCUGACUCGUAUCUGAAUGUUUUAUACAUGCCAUCUACUUUUCCACGAUCGGAAAGGUCUAGAAGAUUGCAAGAAGCUUCUAAUGAAAAUUCAGUUAACAGUUCAGAAUUCGAAGAUGAUGUUCCACGUAGCAAUCUGGAUAGCAUUAGAUACCUUGAAUGUGUCAACUAUUUACAAGAAUUUACACGUGAAGAUUUGCUUGAGUUUAUGUUUAGACAUGGUCAUUACAAGGAUGCAUGCAUGCUAUUUUUUCCGGAAAAUUCCGUUCCUACCCCUCCUCAAGUAUCAUCCACCCCACAAAAACCAGAUCCUUUAUCAACCGACUAUGGAUCGAUUGAUGAUUUGUGUGACCUGUGUGUUGGUUAUGGAGCCAUGUCUGUUCUAGAAGAAGUGAUGGCUUCUAGAAUGUCCUCGGAAACAGCUGACGUGGCAGUGAAGCAGUAUACAGGAGCUGCGCUCAGCCGCAUAUGCGUGUUCUGUGAAACUCAUAAACACUUCAACUACCUAUACAGAUUCCAGGUGAUAGGGAACGAUCAUGUGGCUGCUGGACUAUGUUGUAUCCAGUUAUUUGUGAAUUCAUCUGCUCUUGAUGAAGCUAUAAAACACUUGGAAAAUGCAAAAAUGCAUUUUGAUGAAGCGUUAUCAGAAAGAUACAAAAGUGGAGGCUCAACUAAGCUUGUGAGCAAGGGUGUACGUGCACAAAAACUUACAGCAGAAGGGCUAAUCAAAUUUUCUGCCCGAGUUUCCAUGCAGGUGGAUGUGGUUAAAUCGUUUAAUGAUACAGACGGGCCUCAAUGGAAAUACUCUCUUUUUGGAAAUCCAAACGAUGCAGAAACUUUCAGGAGGAGGUGUGAGAUUGCAGAAACUCUAGUGGAGAAGAAUUUCGACCUAGCUUUCCAAGUGAUAUACGAGUUCAAGCUUUCUGCUGUUGACAUAUAUGCUGGUGUCGCAUCAUCCCUUGCUGAUAGGAAAAAGGGCGGUCAAUUGACUGAAUUUUUCAGAAAUAUCAAGGGUACAAUUGAAGAUGACGACUGGGAUCAGGUUUUGGGAGCAGCUAUUAAUGUAUAUGCCAACAAACAUAAAGAACGACCUGAUCGUCUUAUUGACAUGUUAACUAGCAGCCACAGGAAGGUUUUGGCUUGUGUGGUGUGUGGUCGUCUAAAAAGUGCGUUCCAGAUUGCUUCUAGAAGUGGAAGUGUGGCUGAUGUUCAGUAUGUUGCACAUCAGGCAUUACAUGCAAAUGCACUUCCAGUGCUGGAUAUGUGCAAACAAUGGCUGUCUCAGUACAUGUAAAAUUGUGCUUUAUUUAUUUAUUUAUUUUUUAAUGUCGAAUGCACAUUUUAUAGCAUUUUUGCCAUACAAGGAGAAAAAAAAAAAGGUAGAGAAGGUGUUGUAUAUAUCAUCUGAGUAUGUAUGAGUGUUAUCUAUUGUUGAUUUUGAAAGUUUUGAUGUCAAAAUCGACAAAAAAAAUUGUUUUGAUUUUGUUAUCUACUUAUAUUAAUAAUUUGCAAAGAAAUGGAAGUAGUUCACAAUA